ACUUUCAUUUCCACUCUCUACAUCAUCCCCCAAAAAACCCUAAAAGCAUCAGUAGCCGCCAAGAUUCAGCUUCAAUGGCGCUUCACCUCGCCAGACGCAAACAAAGGCUACACUCUAACCCAUCUCUGAUCCAUCUCUUCUCCACCUCAUCCUCACCUCCCCAAGACGGUAACGAAUCCGGCGAACAACCACCGUCCGAUUUCAAAAUCUCAUCCUACUUCAGCGGCAUCAAAAGCAGCCUGAAACAACAAUCUCACGACGGGAGGAGACAAUUAACCAGAUCCGAUGACAAAGCUCAAUCCUUUUCCGGCGGAGACUUUCAAGACGUCAGGCGCAAUCUCAACGAGUUCCGGCUCCGAUCAGCUCCCCCUCCUCCUCCGGCGAGGGGAUUGCAGGAUCUCUACAAGCAAACGGUGCUCUCAAAACCCAAACUCGAAAGUUCGUCUUUUGAGAACUUAAAGCAAAACUUAAGGCAGAUGAGACCACAAGCCAACGCAGAGACGAGAUGGUCUAAUCUCUCAAGCCUUCAAGGGAUUAUGAAGACCAAACAUAACGUCCGUUCGAAUGUGUUUGGUGGGGGAGAGGGUUUGCCUAUUUCAGUGUUUGGGGAGGAGCUUGAAGAGAGGAGGAAGAAGGGAGAUGAGACUGAGGGGAUGAAGUCGGAGUUUAUUAAGAGAUACAAUACCGAGGAGCUUGGGGAGAUGCUUAGAAAGUAUAGACCAGAAGGGAAGAAAGAAGAUGGUUGGUUCUCGUUGCAGGAGUUGAACCAGAGGCUUGUUAAGCUGAGAGAGGUUGAGGAGGAAGCGGCUCAGGGGACAAGGAGGGGGCUUCCUUUUGAUGAACUUAGGACUGGUAUUCAGCAGUCCAGAGAAGCAGAAGCCAGAAAGGCACUAGCAUUUCAGAACGUGGAUAUUUUCAGCGUUUUCAGUGAUACUCCAAAGUAUUUGCUCGAGCCUCCCAAAGAGGAGCUUGUUCAAACUUAUUUCCACCCGGAUAAUAUGUCAUCUGCGGAGAAGAUGAAAAUCGAGCUUGCAAAGGUUAGGGAAGAGUUCAAGAUGUCAGAAUCCGAUUGUGGUUCUGCGCGUGUUCAAGUGGCACAACUGACUACUAAGAUCAAGCAUCUAUCCUCUGUUCUACAUAAAAAGGACAAGCAUUCGAAAAAGGGACUUAUAGCAAUGGUGCAUAGAAGGAAGAAACUGUUGAAGUAUAUGAGACGAACAGACUGGGACUCCUACUGCCUUUCACUCUCAAAACUCGGCCUUCGUGACAACCCUGAUUACAAGUUUUAAACAAAUGAAUCUUGAUCUCUGUCACUCUCUUUUUGUUCUUUCCAUUUUGGCAAAAGAGAUAAUGUGAGUCUCUCUCAUCCAUCAUUUUUGGGAGAAAAGUUGUACUUGAGUUUAUUAUUGCAGGCAAAGAAACUAAACUUGUGUGAGAAGUUUGAUAAUAAAGUUAAUUUAUA